UGUGUCGCAGUGGUUCCAGGGCUACCCGGUUUGUGGUAAGUUUGCGAAGAACGCGGGGAAUCCUUUUUGUCCAUGAACGAGCCUUGGAAACUCCAACUCAGCGUUAAUCUUGGCAAACAAUUCAUUGUUCAGUGCACUGAAUCGUAAGCUGAAUUGAAGUUUGUUCCCGACAAAGGUUGUAUUCACAAUUCCACACGUUCAAAGAUUGUGACGUAUAUAAUUGAAGAAUCAUGCAGGCUAGUUGAUGAAACUCACAUGCUCAAUUAAGAUAAGCUAAUCGCAUGAUUCUCAAGUGAAAACUUGGUAUAACUGGAUAACAAAACAAAAUACUUGUUAAGGAAACCCAGGAGACACCGCUUUGAAGUGUGAAACAUGUAAGCAAUGUCGCAGUAUGUAAAUUUACAGUGUAAGGAGUUCUCCAAUUUGAGAUUUUAUUUGCCGUCACUAGACGUCGACAAUGGCACCAUCGAUGUGUCAACGCACUUAUACAAGUACACCGACAGGGAAUUCCCAGAUCCCGGUGAAAACGAAAGCGUAGUCUACAGCCUCCCCAGGAAGUUCUCCUCGACAGGACAACGCCAAGCUUCCCUAGCCGAGAGGGAGGUGUUCGAAAAGCUCCGAGGGUUAGCGGGGAACAACGCCAUAAGGGGGCUAUGGGUGACGUUCUUUCACAGCGCCUGCUACGCGGGGCAAUCCUACAGGAACCAGAGGAUGGGCCGGCUGAUGAUCAGGGAACACGAUUUCGUGGUGUUCGCGAAAUAUAAAGGUCAAUUUUUCGUCGUCCUCGUAGAAGUGAAGUCCAACAAGGACUCCGGCACCAAAAAGGAAGACCUGGAGAAAACCUCCGACGCCAAAGUGAUAAAGAACAACAAGAGAUCGGCUCAGCACCAGCUGCGCGACCACAUGGAGGUCCUUCAGGGCUUCCUAGGCGACGAGCCCAAGAACAAAACCAUCCAGACGUACAUCAUGUGGCCGUUCUUGGGCAGCUACACCAGAGACCCGCGGCACCAGGUUAUCAAGCGGUGGAAGGAAGAUAAGAACCUGCACGUGUUCGAAGACACCUUAGGUAGUCAAGAGUUGUUCAACCAGUGGUUUCUGGAGAACGUGUUGGGAGGGGACGCCAUAGAUGAGACGCAUUUCGCCAGUCUACUUAAUAGGUUUAUUAUUCUGAGCUUUGGCGUCUUCAUGAACGAGAUCAACGAAGACCUGCUAGCCUUGCUGACGCGGCAACAGUUGGAUAUCAUGGACAGUAACGAAUGCUCUAAGGAAGAAGGAGGGCCCCUGGUUGUUUAUGGAGCUGCCGGUACGGGAAAGACAUUGCUGGUUUUAAGGAAACUUGAUCAAUUGCAUCGUACUAGCCGGCUCAACGACCAGAAUCGAGCCCUCUAUGUCUGUUACUGGCCGGGCAUCAGAGCUGACGUCACAAUGAAGCUCCAAGUAAUGGGCAUUGACAAAUAUGUGGACACUGCUCGGUAUUUUGUAUCGAUCAAUGGUUUUCUGAAAGGUUGCACCAAGAAAUACAAGCAUAUAUUUAUGGACGAAUCCGAAGCUGUUAGCAUUUGUUUCAAUCAGUCCAUCAUGAAGGAAACUCUUUCAGAAGUCUACAAACACUACCAUGGUGGUAACUGUCACGUAGAGAACUGCGAAUAUGCCACUUUGGGUAUGGACUUGAACAUUCCGCAACAAAUUAAAAACCACCACAACAAGGACUGGGGGGAGAUGUGGUUCAUGAUAGACGCAAACCAAGCUCAGUUAUUCCUCCCAAAACACUGUCCAGAAAUUUUCAGAACCCCCGCUCUGGUCUUAAGCGAAAUUAUGCGCUCCACGAAAAGCAUCUUUGACGUUUUCAAAGUUUUCUACAACGAACCAGCCUUGAAGAAGGUCGCCCUUACCAUAGGCGACAUCGUCGUUCCGAACCUUUCCGUCGGCCACGACAUAGAGGGCCCUCCUGUGUACUGGGUACCGUUCGAGGAAAACAUAGACGAGACCAUAGCUAACGUGGUGAUAGACCUAUGCUCGACGAAGGGCAUAAAACCUAACGACAUCUGCGUCAUACCGUUCAUGCAGAAUGAGAACACCGUACCCCGCAGCAUAAACAAACACCUCGAAGAAUGCUUCGUUGAGAAUACUUUCCAGCCCAAAGCGGUAGCGAACGUCGAAGAUUUCCUGUGUCAGAGACAGCUGAACGAUUUUCUCGUUAGUUGGGCGUUACGGGUCAAGGGGUUGGAGUUUAACGUCGUUAUAAUGGCGAUUGAAGACGAUGAUUUCGAUAUGAACGAUUUCGAGGACAGGCGCAAGGCUUAUAUUAUAUCCUCGAGAUGUACGUGCAUGCUGAUCUGUAUUUGCAGCAGUUAUGUGAGGAACAACAUGGCACUGGGGGGUGUUUUGUUAGAGUAUCCGUUUAGCACAAGAUUGGACAUAAAGAGGCAAUGGGGGCUUAAGGAGAACGUCAGAAGUGAAGUAGAAAUAUGAUUGAUUCUUAAUGAUCCAAAUAAAUUUAACAACCUCGCUGUUGUACUAAUAUUUAAUAUUUUAUGUAUGCAUUUAAUUACAUUAUUUUUAA